AUGGCGACAGUGACUCUGAAGCUGGUGACGCGUUAUAAGUCUGCGCUGAAGCACCGAAGGCAGGCCGUUGGUCAGGAGGCUGUAUAUAAGCUGGAGGCCCGCUCAUGCCGGCUGUCAGUCGAGACACAGCAGUUGAAGAUGGCGCUCGUCUCAGCACUGGUCGUCGCGAUGCUCGCAGCGGCGGCGACGGGCCAGUUCCAGCCGCGGCCCGCCACAGAGGACGUGCCACCCUUCCCGCCCAACGGCCCGCCCGCCAGCAGCAAGCUCACUGCCGGGAGGCUCUUCUUGGGCGGGGAUUUGUCAGAAGCACAGAAAAAGCAGCACGCCUGGGAGAGAAGUGGCCAGUUUGAAGGUGACAUCGUGUUUCCCAAUGGACUGAGGCCAGCCAACGGAAUUAUAUUUGAGUCCUGGAAGUGGAAUUCUCUUCAAGUGCCUUACUUCAUUGAUCCUUUGUUUACCAGGGCUCAGAGGGCGGUGAUCCUGGGAGCCAUCGACGAGUACCACCGCCGGACGUGUAUCAGGUUCCGGCCCUACGUGAGGACUGACCCGGACUACGUGUACAUCACUGGCAACUUCAGCGGCUGCUACUCCUACAUCGGCAGGGUUGCCAAUGGGCAGAUUCUAAACUUGGAGUACAAUGGUGGCUGCGUGUUCCACGACACAGUACUCCAUGAACUUCUGCACGCCUUGGGUUUCUAUCACAUGCAGAGCACAUCUAAACGUGACAACCAUGUCACUAUCCUCUGGGACAAUAUCAUGACAGGAUUCGAACACAAUUUUGAAAUCUACAACACAACUGAUUUCGGCACGCCUUAUGACUAUAUCAGCACUAUGCACUACAGUAGAUUUGCUUUCUCUUCAAACGGACAGCCAACCAUUGAAUCUAAGCAAGGCCACAGUUCACUGGGAACCGCAAAGAAUCUGACUGAUCUAGACAUCUUCAAGCUCCACACUCUGUAUGGCUGCCGCACUUAAGAUGACCAUGUAAACAUUUCCUUGGCAAAAUAUUUUUCGCUUUUAAACCACGCGAAUUUCUGAGAUUCGUAGAGCAUUCUUAUAAGGAAACUGAAUUAUCUGCUGUAUUUAUGUAAGAGUAGUUUUGAAAUGUCUUGUUUAAACUGUGCAAAUAAAGAAAUAGAUUCAUAA